CAACUCUGCAGAGCAGAGAGAGAAGAAGGGAGAGUCCUUCCUUCACUGGAUUCCCCCGGCCAGAGUGGCAGGAAGCGAUGGCCGCCCCGCGCCAGUGGUCAGCCAAAGCCAAGGCCGCUGCUCUGCCCCCCCACUACUACGAGGGCUUCCUGGAGAAAAAGAACUCGUGGAAUCAGGAUUAUAAGAAAUACUGGGCCGGUCUUUGGGGCUCGACUCUAUAUUUCUAUCACACCAGCAGAGAAAGUCAGUAUAUAGAGAAAGUUGAUCUGACUGACUUGGUCUCCCUGGAUGAAGACAAUUGUCCAAGAACUGUGAGUCCCAUGUCUACAGAAAAACCAGGGUUGACUCUGAAGAUGAGGAACCAGGAAGUGAAGUUGAGGAUGGAAAGCGUGGAACAACAGGAAAUGUGGAAAGGUUUUAUACUUACAGUGGUGGAGAUGAAGAUCCCGCCGUCUGUCUCUUUGCUGCCCGGACACCUGUACAGGUUGUCUGAAGCCUUGGAGAAGGAGAAAGAGAGGCGAUCCAACUUGUAUGCGAGUGUCGAAAGGGAAGAGAAACUGCCCAACUGUUUCUUCAGGGUCUCCAGACUGGAGGCAGUGGACCUUCUGGAGCAGAACGAAAAUUAUGGCAAUAUGUUGCUGCGUCCUGGACAAGAUGGGAAGAGUUUCUCGUUGACCGUUCGGCAGAAGACGAACGGAGCCAUAAGCAUCAGGCACUAUAAAAUCAACGCUGUCGGUGGAGAAUACAUCAUUGUUAUGGAAAAGCCGAAUUACUGCUCUUCCCUCCUGGCCGUGCUGGACUUCUUCAUCGCCAAGACCAACGGGGUCCUGGUGCCCCUAAGCGUGGAGAAGAGCUACGCCAUGACGCUGGAGGUCAUGGAGAUGAAUCAGGAAAGGGAGCAGAGGACCUCGGGGUCUGCCUUUGAGCCUGGUGACCCACCACCACCUUUUAAAGGUGACCUUGUGGGAACAAAGAGUGCAGCAUCCCCAAAUUCUUGGCUAUGCCCGCCCCUUCCUCUGCCACCGAUUGUGCCCAUCCCGCCCCCACGCCAGGCAUUGGCCCCACAACCCGUGCACGUCUAUGAGGAGGAAGACCCUCCCCAGCAGACGUACGUGAACGAAGGUUUUUAA